UUCCUUUGUUGUGGAUAUCGGCAGAAACAGAACAGCGCCAUCUCGUCGCCCAGUGCCCUGGCGUGAGGCGAGUGGGUAGGUUGUCGGCAGUGGUCCGGUCACACACACGGCAGAAGCACGGCAGUUGCCAAAUGCCAACAAAAUCCGUUUUCGUCCAUCCUGCUUCGCAGAAUUGGGGGAGAGGCAAAUUCUAAAAGCUCCUCUUGGAAAGACAAAGCGGAAAGGUUACUGAUCCUGUUUUACGUCGACAAUUAGGCACAAAUGCGUCCAAGAAACUAUCUUUGUUCUGCCAAAUCGAAGAUCACCGAGGAAAGUGGCAGGUUAUGUUAUAUAAAUGAGGCAACACCGAUGAAAGAUGCUGGUUCACAGCAAACGGUUGUGGCUACUGGCAUCAAUAUUCUUGUUUGUGGGAGUAUUCUCUUCUCCCACACUCAACUUCCAGUAUCACAGAUAUGAUGAUCUGAGCCAGUAUUUGCAUGAUGUGGCCGCAGCAUAUCCAAACAUGACAAGUCUCUAUUCUAUAGGAGAGACAUUACGCAGACAUAAACUAUGGGUGCUAGAGAUGAGUACUGCACCAGAUUCAACUCUUGGUAUCCCCAGUGUAAAACUCAUUGCCAACAUUCAUGGAAAUGAAGCAGCAGGAAGAGAGGUUCUCCUUCAUCUUAUUCAGUUCUUCGUGACCAACUAUAGCUGUAGUGAAACUGUUCGGUGGCUGCUAGACAACACCAGGAUACACAUUCUGCCCAGUCUUAACCCAGACGGCUUUGAGGUUUCUGUAGAAGGGAAAUGCGAAGUGGGACCUGGCAGGGAAAAUGCCCGGCUCGUGGACCUGAAUCGGAGCUUUCCAGACUACUUCCAGAAUAAUACGAAACCACGACAGUAUGAAACACAAGCAAUACAAGACUGGUUAACCAAUAAUACCUUUGUGCUAUCAGCCAGCUUACAUGGUGGGGCCCUUGUUGCUAAUUAUCCAUAUGAGAAUUUUAUGGAGAACACAGACAUGACACAGCCAUAUCCACCAUCAGUAUCACCAGAUGAUGACGUGUUUCGACAUUUGGCAACUGUUUAUGCCUCAACACACCCAACAAUGCACUUGGGAUAUCCCUGUAAUAAUAUGGACAGGGAAUUCCAGGGUGGUAUAAUUAAUGGAGCAGCUUGGUAUCCACUUAUAGGUGGAAUGCAAGAUUACAACUACAUAUUUCAUGGAUGUGUGGAGAUCACACUGGAAAUUUCUUGUUGUAAAUACCCACUGGCACGAGAGUUGCCUGCACUGUGGGAUGAGAACAGAGAGGCCUUACUGAAAUAUAUAUACCAAGUGCAUCAAGGUGUCCGAGGAGUUGUCCGAGACAACACCACACAUCAGCCUAUACGUACGGCAGGUCUAAAAAUUGAGGGACGGGAUAGCUAUUUCCGAACAACAUCUCGUGGGGAGUUCUGGAGGAUACUACUUCCAGGGACUUAUCACCUUCAGGUUCAUGCAGCAGGCUAUGAACCACAAACAAUUAAAUUCAUAGUUUCUCCAAAGAAACAGAAGGAACACAUAACUACAACAUGGCUAGAUGUGAAUAUGCCACCAGUGGUACGACAGGCAACAGUGGUAAGUGAUCAGGUUCUGCUCCUCACGAAUCUGCCUGAAGAAGCACCAAUGCAACACAGCACAACCACCCAGAAAAUGGUAGGAGUAACCAAUGGCCAAAAACUUUCUCCAACCCCAUUCAUAAAUGUAACAGCUACCAGCAUGGACUUGGUAAAGCUUUCUAAUACACUUGAUGCAGAAAGUCAUGACAGACGAGAACAACUACCAUUUAUGGAAACUGCAGAAAGUGGUGGGACAAUUCAAACUAACAUGAAGCACAUGUUUGUUGUUUUAAGUGUGAACUUUGUUUCUGUUUUAUGCAUGUACCUGCAUGAGUGCACGAAGAUGUGUUGAAUGUUGUGGUUACUCUGAAGGAUCUGUUUUUAUAAUACCAUCACUUACUGAUCUCAUUAAAAUACAGAUGUUGCCAGUUUACUGACAAACUCAUUUUGUUACUUUAUAUGCAUAAAAUAUAGUAUGAAUCACAAAUUUUGAAGGUUAAAUACAAUACAGAAAUCUUACCUGUUGUAAGUUUAUUGUUCUGAUAUUUUCAGAAAGCUCUUAAACAUGCAUGAAUUCUACAAUUGACAUUACUGCUCAAAACAGCAGUUUAUCAAUAUCAAUUUUAGAUGUUCAUGCAUGUUGGUUUGAGCUAAUAUACAGUAAAAAUGUCGUUGCUAUCAUGUAUAUAUUAAAUUAAAACAUUUCUGUUAAAUUUCCUAAUCACAAUUACAUUUUUUAUUGUCAAAGCAACAUGUAGGAAAAUAAACUAAUUUCAAUAAGUACAUUUUUGGUACUAAGUAAAGUGAAAGUAAAGUUGUCCCUCAGCUUAAUUAAUUAAGUGCUAUGUCAUGAAGAUAUGUGGGGGAUUGGAGGUAUAGCUCCACCAUUCUUGACCUCUUCAUUGCAUGGAAGUAAGUGGUCGGCUUCAUGCCUCUGCCACUUUGCCCUUGAUACCCACUUGGAUAGAAGUAUCUUGUUCUGCCAGGAAUCAAACCCUGGCCAUCCAGCCUGCAGCCUGUCAUGAUACUGACUGAGCCAUGUUGUGGGUUUUGACGCACUGGUAAAGCAAUGGGACAAGUGUGUCAGUGGUGGUGAAGGAUAUGUUGAGAAAUAAAUGUUUUUUUC